AUGGAAAAUAUCCAACAUCUACCAUUUCACUCAUCCCACUUCCAAUUGCGACGCCCCUCAGAACCAUCAUUAUCGUCGGAUCCAACAACCACACCAUUCAGUUCAGAUCGUUCGAUUUCCUCCACCUCCUCCCCUUUUUUAGCAAAUGUUUUUCUUCCAUCAAUCAGAAAAUUAAAGCUAAGGGUUGGAGGGACAAAGAGGCUUCCUAGGUUAAUUGGAAGCUCAAUAGCCAAAGAACUUAUCUUUACGGGCCGAAAGAUCACACCCAAAGAAGCAUUGUCAUUUGGUCUCAUUAAUUACUGUGCUCCUACGGGUGAUGCUUACUCAAAGGCGCUUGAAAUUGCAUGUUAUAUAAAUCAAAAGGGUCCUGUGGCUAUACGGAUGGCUAAAAGAGUGAUUAGCCAUGGUUUAGAAAUGGAGAUCGGGUCUGGUUUAUUGGAGCGAAAACCUUUGUACAAAGGCGAAUGA